AUGAUGAUGAGUUCACUGCAGAAUUCCGAUUCGCGGCCGCCCUCAACAAAUUCCGCAUCCGCGCUACCCUCCUCAAAUGGCUUGGUCGGCGGUACUCGCAAACGUAAGGCUGCCAUUGGCUGCUCAGCUGAAGCCUAUUUCGAGGAAAUUUUCGAGCGGUACAUUCUCAACAAUUGGGAAAUCACUGAUGGUAGUGGUGGUGUCAAGACAGAAGGCGCUGCUGAGCAUAUCUGUGCGCUGCUUCUCUCGUUAGCUCGAAAAAUCCCUCAGUCAGCCGUUUUGAUGAAGGAGGGCAAAUGGAUGAGGAGUGAGCCUCUCGCCGAAGAUCUGUUCGGGAAAUCACUUGCAAUCAUUGGCCUGGGACGUACUGGUGUGGAAGUCGCGCGACGCAUGCAAGUCUUUGGAAUGCGAACAUUCGGCUACGAUCCGCAAUUUACACAGGAUGUUUGUCUCGCUUUUAAAAUUUCCCGAAGUUGCUUAAUUACUGGAGAUUUAAUUUGCGAAAUUUCUUAA